AUGUCGGGGUUGAAGAUGAGCAGCUGGCUUCUCCAAGUGGCAUUACUCGUGGCUUGCGCUCUCUCCGCCCGCUGCACCGCCGCACCCGGGGCCGAGACGCGCACGGCGGCCCGGGACACGUGCGCGUCGUGCGGCAUCGGCCAGUCGGAGGAGCCGGGCCAGAUGAACACGGACUUCCUGGAGGCCGUCAAGAGGCACAUCCUGAGCCGGCUGCAGAUGAGGGAGAGACCCAACAUCACCCACCCCAUCCCCAAGGCGGCGAUGGUGACGGCGCUGCGGAAGCUGCACGCCGGUAAGGUGCGGGAGGACGGCAGGGUGGAGAUCCCAAACCUGGACGGGCACGCCACGAACAACGAGGUCCUGGAGGAGAGCUCGGAGAUCAUCAGCUUUGCCGAGACAGGUGCCCCCGCCGCACUGGUGACAUCCAAGUCUAGCCUCUUCUUCCUGAUCUCCAAUGAGGGGAACCAGAACCUCCAUGUGACCCAGGCCACCCUCUGGCUCUACUUCAAGCUGCUGCCAGGGCCGCUGGAGGUGCGCCUGCGGAAGAAGUUGACGGUGAAGGUGUACUACCAGGAACCGGGCCUGGGCAGCAAGUGGAACCUGGUGGAGAAGCGGGUGGAGCUGAAGCGCAGCGGCUGGCACACCUUCCCACUCACCGAGCCAGUGCAGCUUGUGUUCGAGAAGGGCGACCGCCGCCAGAACCUCGACGUGCGCUGUGAGGGCUGUGAGGCGGACGGCGUGGUGCCCAUUCUCCUCGACCACAACGACGAGUCCCACCGGCCCUUUCUGGUGGUUCAGGCGCGGCAGACCGAGGGCAAACACCGCAUCCGCAAGCGGGGGCUGGAGUGUGAUGGCAGCAGCAGCUUAUGCUGCCGGCAGCAGUUCUACAUAGACUUUCGCCUCAUCGGCUGGAACGACUGGAUCAUUGCACCGUCGGGCUACUACGGCAACUACUGCGAGGGGAACUGCCCAGCAUACAUGGCGGGCGUGCCCGGGUCAGCCUCCUCCUUCCACACAGCCGUGGUGAACCAGUACCGCAUGAGGGGGAUGAGCCCGGGCUCCAUGAACUCCUGCUGCAUCCCCACCAAACUCAGCACCAUGUCCAUGCUCUACUUCGACGAUGAAUACAACAUCGUCAAAAGAGACGUGCCCAACAUGAUCGUGGAGGAGUGCGGCUGUGCUUGA